UCGGAUAUUGUUUUUGUUUUUAGAUUGCGAUUUGUUCUAAAAUGGUUGAAUCCUUCUACAGAGAAUUCUGCCUUUGACUCCUAUAUAAAAUUUAACGGAAACAGAAACAAAUUGACAAAACAAUUUGUUUGUCACAGUACUUUUUAAAAGAAUAAAUUUUGUUAUGGCAUUUGGACUGACCCAGUGGUUGAUAUCAUUUGCGAUAUUUCUAACCAUUUUGACUAUUAUCACCUGGUCCGCGGUACAUUUGGGCAAGAAGGAUCAAAGCUUUAUAGAUGCCAAUCUGAGAUUAUUCAACGUGGACGAUUAUUCAAUUGAAGGGAAGAAGAGAGAUAAAUCACUUUAUCCCACAAACGUGCAUAAUUCGAUGUUGCGAGUGACAGAGAAAACCGAUAGUUUAACGUUAUUUGCAAACGAGCAAGGCUCCGAAAUACCAGACAGCGAAGAAUUUUACAAAAUAUUGCAAUCCUUUUAUUCAACCAAGAGUAGUGUCUUUAAUAAGUCAAAUUAUGAUACUGCGACAUUUGCAUCUUCUGUCAUCAAGAACGAUUCAAAGCGGAAUUAUGACAUUACAGUUACGUUAUCCAACACAUCUGACAAGACUUUCGUAUUAAAUGACCGUCAACACAAUAACGAAAAAAUUACGAUAUUGCCAAAUAAUAUUUCACAAACGACGCACUCGACACAUUUAACAUACAAAAUAAAAUUAUUUGAUAAUACAAAUAGAUCAAGGGAAAUAGAUUUGAAUCAGUCUGCAAGAACGGAGGUCACUGAAUUUCAUCAGAAUGAUUAAAACGGGACAUUGCAAGUAUCUGCUUUUUCGCUAAAAAAAAAAGUAGAUGCGACAGUUUUUUAGGCGCAGAAUAAUCUAAUAUAAUAGGGUGAUAUAAAAUCCAAUUUGAAGGACAAACUCAAUAUGUGUUAUCCGAAAUAGAAAACGUGAUGUUAUCAAUUACAUUCCUAUAUGUUUAAGCACGUAUGUUUCUAUAUAUUUUUCUGUUUGUUACUAUUCUGUACAUUUGUUACUAUACAAUACACAUAUUUGUUAUAUUGCUAAAAAUAAAUGCAAUAAAUUGAAA